GAUUGUGAGCAGUGCUUCCGCUGGGGAGUCGGUCUAGGCAGAUACACGUGCGACCCAGUUAGCUCAUUUACAGUACGGGAAGUGGUCGAGCCAGUCUCGGAGCGCAGGUCUGAUCUGUUUUGAUUUUGAGCCGUUUACGAAUCAGUGGCCAGCUAAGCACACAAAGAUUCGGCUGAAGACACGAGCGUCUAUGCAGCUGCCAGGACCCAGACAAGCCGGAUCCGUGAGCAGGCGGUGCCCUGGGUUCUGCGCACGCGCAGGAGAGGCUGAGGCGUGCUGCUGUGCGGGCUGGGGGUUGCGCCGCUGACGCCAUGGGGAAGCUGAACGUGGUGAUGCUGCGGUACCUCUCCAAGGAGCAUUUCCGAGUCCUAACAGCGGUGGAAAUGGGAAUGAAAAACCAUGAAAUAGUUCCUGUCAGCUUAAUUGCUUCUAUUGCAAGCCUGAAGCACGGUGGCUGUAAUAAAAUCUUGAGAGAGCUGGGGAAACACAGGCUCCUGGCUUAUGAACGAACUAAAAUGGUCCAGGGCUAUCGGUUAACUAACGCAGGAUAUGAUUACCUUGCCUUGAAAACUCUGUCUUCCCGGCAAGUCAUCAGUUCUGUUGGAAACCAGAUGGGUGUUGGCAAAGAAUCAGAUAUUUAUAUUGUUGCAAAUGAAGACGAGCAGCAGUUUGCAAUGAAAUUGCAUAGGCUUGGAAGAACUUCUUUUCGCAGUCUGAAAAAUAAGCGUGACUACCAUAAGCACAGGCAUAGAAUGUCGUGGCUGUAUUUAUCCCGGCUAGCAGCAAUGAAGGAGUUUGCCUACAUGAAGGCUUUGUAUGACAGAAAAUUUCCCGUUCCAAAACCUGUAGACUACAACAGACAUGCAGUUAUUAUGGAGCUCCUUGAUGGCUAUCCUUUGUGCCAGGUGCGCCAAAUGGAAGAUCCUGCCUCUGUCUACAGUGAAUUAAUGGAUCUAAUUGUAAAACUUGCCAAUCACGGUUUGAUUCAUGGGGAUUUCAAUGAAUUCAAUCUUAUACUGGAUAAUGAUGACCAUGUCACUAUGAUUGAUUUUCCACAGAUGAUAUCAACAUCACAUCCAAAUGCUGAAUGGUAUUUUGACAGAGAUGUUAACUGUAUUAAGGAGUUCUUUAAGAAACGCUUCAACUAUGAGAGUGAGCUCUUCCCAGAAUUCAAAGACAUCAGAAGAGAGACUUCUCUUGACAUAGAGAUUGCUGCCAGUGGAUAUACAAAAGAAAUGCAGGAAGAUGAUGAACUACUUCACCCAUCGGGCUCUCAUGAGGAUGAUUAUACAGCAGAGGUAUCAGAAUUUGAAGAAUUCACUGAGAGUAACCUCAAAUUCUUCAGAAGUAAUCAGGAAGAUAAUGCAGAAUUCAUACAUGAAGAGGAUUCUGAAAGCAGAACCUCUGAAGAUGCAGUGUAUCACAGUGAAGUGGCUGAUGCCACUGAAAGUAGUGAAAAUCUACAAAGACUGAGUAUGGCAGAGUUGAGUUCUGCCUUAGAUGAGGUUGAAAGGCAACCCAUCCAUUGUAAAUGCAGUGAAGAUCCAGAGAGUUGUGCAGCUGUUAUUUCGCAGUGUGGAAGGAUGCUUGAAGAUACGUCAGAAAAUCAGACAACUCAAGGAGAGCACUGCAUUGAUAAGGACAAUGAAGAUGAUGAAUGCCCUGAUCUGAUUGACUUGUCAGCUUUAAACAGGAAGUUGAAGCCUUACAGAAAUGAAGAUAAUAUAGCUCAUACUGCUGAGAACAAGGCAAGAACAAGGACCACAUCAGUCAGCAGUCUUGGGAGCUGUUCAACCAUUCCACCGGAACUGGUGAAAAAGAAGAUAAAACGUCAGCUGACAAAACAACAGAAGUCUGCUCUGAGGCAACGACUGCAGAAAGGAGAAGCAAAUAUUUAUACCAAACAGCGUAGAGAAAAUAUGCACAACAUUAAGUCAAGCUUGGAUGCAGCUAGUUUCUGGGGAUAAUUUAUUAAAACUACCAUAAAGCAUCAGAAAACAAAUAGUAUAUACAGUUGAAAGAGUUUUAUUAAUAACCAAUUAUCCUUUUUUACAAUGGAACAACAGAUCUUCUGUACAACACUGUGUUUUUCUGGAAGCUAAUAAAUAUCUUUCUUGUUCCUA